AGCAAUCCUAGUCGACACCACCUUUCCUUCACUUGCAGGCGUUAGCCAUGUCCCUCGCACACUUCAAGACCACCACUGCCGCCGCAUUCAUCGCCUCGUUUGCUGGCACCCCCAAGCCCCACCGCAUCGUCAUCGGUGCGGCCCUUGCCAAGCCCACCACACCGCCGAGUCUGCUGAUUGUGCAGCGCUCAGCUCAUGAGCGGUCGUAUCCCAAUGAAUGGGAGAUCCCUGGCGGCCACGUUGACCCGGGCGAGAGCAUUCUGGACACGGUUGUCAGGGAAGUUAGAGAGGAAACCGGAAUCAAGGUGGCUGAGGUUGUCAGACAGUUUGAGGGAUUUCACUACUGGUCAACGAAGUACGAGGAGGGCGAAUCGGAGAAGAAGGACGUGGAGAAGAGCGUGUGCACGCAGCAGCUGAACUUCAUUGUGACUGCUGAGGAUGCCGCUACAGUGGUGCUGAAUCCAGAGGAGCACCAGGCGUACGCGUGGUGCACCAAGGAGACGAUUGACCAGUUCCAGAUGACACCAACCAUGCGCAAGGUCGUCAGCGACGCACUGGACAUUCUAGCCGAGUAAGGCUUGCAGACACAGUGCAAUAUUUCAUUCCUUUUUUUUUUUUUAAAGCAUGGAGUUUCUUGAAAUAUGCUACUCGGUCUUGGGUGCCACAUUCGGGUCGUUGAGGGCGUUCAGACGCUCAACCAGAGGCGGGUGCGAGUAGUGGUAGGCCGAGUACAGAUAAUCGGGGUUCAUGUUGCCCUUGUUUUCAAUCUGCAGCUUGAUCAGUCCGGAGCGCAGCUGCUCGCCAUACCCGAGCUUCUUUGAGAAGGCAUCGGCCUCA